UCGGGACCGAUAGGCAGGAGGGCAGCGCGGCGGGCAGCCGCCUGCCCUCCCCCUGCCUUCUCCUUUUAGCCAUGACAAGUAAACCGAAAGGAGCAGCCAUCGGAGCCGGGCUCGGAGCAGGAGUGGUGCUCAUUGGCAUCCCGGUGGCCAUUGGGGCACUGGGCUUUACGGGAGCCGGCAUCACCGCCGGCUCCAUUGCUGCCAAAAUGAUGUCAGCAGCUGCCAUAGCCAACGGCGGGGGAGUGGCUGCCGGCAGCACCGUGGCCGUGCUGCAGUCCAUCGGAGCUGCAGGUUUGUCUCUUGGUGCCAAAAUUGGGCUGACAUCUCUUCUGGGGUCAUUCGGUGCAGCAAUUGGUGCCCAAUUGUCCAAGGGAGACCCUCCAGGACAAGGAUUCUGAUGGGUAGCAUGGCAGGCACUGGGAAGCCCCCAGAGACCCCAGCGAUUUGGCCAUCCUCAUAAGAGCCGUGGCCAAGCUUGAGCAAUGAGCGCAUGGAAACCAAUAAAGGUGAUCUGCAGACGGG